UAAAGCCAAAAACCGAUGUCGGCUCAGGCCCGCACAGAUGUACAAAACUGGCCUGGUGCGAUCAAUUGGGAUGCAAUGAAGCGCUGGAGACGGCCCGCGCAUAAAUAGUAGCUCGCACGCGACGCCAGAGACGCCAGAGCCUGAGACAGUCUCUCUGCUGAUUUGCGGCGCGGCGGCUAGCGAUCGUCAGUAGAAGAAAUGGCCGCCUGCCCAGCAUGUACCUUUAUCAACGCCGACGACGCGACCGCGUGCGAGAUGUGCGGCGCGCAGCUCGGAACGCGCAACGCACCGCCCACCGACGCCGCCGUCAAGGCCUGCGCCCACUGCACGCUCGAGAACGCGGCCGACGCGAGCGCCUGCGUCGCGUGCGGCGCGUGGUGGUGCCCGCGGUGCACGCGCUGCGUGCCCGCGGCCGUCGCGUGCUGCGACGUUUGUAACUACCCGGACGAUGAGGCGGCACCAGUGGCGGACGCGGCACCACCGGCGCCGAUCACGCCGGACGACGUCGCGAACAAGGACUACCGGCCGCGCCGCGUCGAGCGCGCGCUCGCGGCCAUGCCCCUGGACGCCCUGGAGCGCAUCGUCGACGAGCCGGCGCGCUUCGUGGCGCGGGCCUGCGGCGAGCAGCCGCCGGCGGCGCGGCCCGUCGGGCGCGUCGCCGACCCCGAGCCCGGCGAGCCGGCGGCGGGGCGCGUCGCCGACGAAGACGCGUCCGAGGACGGCGCCGGCUCCGAGUCUGACGCGGAUCUCGCGGCGGCGGAGAAGCUGCUGGGGGACGCGUCGUCGUGUCCAGUGUGCGGCGCGACGGCCACGACGCGCGAGCUCCUCGUGGCGCACUGCGUCGCAAGGCACGUCUGGGACGCGGGCGAGGUGCGGCGGCGGCGCGCCGCGAGGCCUCCGAAGAAGAAGCGCCGCCGCGCUGCCGCCGCUGCGGACGACCUUGACGAUUUUAUUGUGGCUGACGACGAGGAGGUCGAGGAGUACGACUCCUCAGGGAGCUGA